GGCAUGGUACCGCCCCGCUCAGCCUCGUAGUCGCGUGCUGGCCUCGCCGCUGUGGACUGUGCUGUUGUGUGCGUGGAACCGUUUCUUUUCUCUCCCAUCGUUUAAACCACCAGCAGCAGCUCUGCCGCCGCCGCCGCCGCCGCCGCCACCGCCACCGCCGCCGAUACCAGACACAAUCGACUCCCACAACAGCUACUACUCCUACUGCUGCUGCUACGACCAUCACAGCCAUCGCUGCCGCCGCCGACGCAACUUACACGCACAGGAGGAGGCUCUGUGUGUGUGUGUGUUUGUGUGUGUGACAACCACGCCCCCGUCAGUAGAGUAGUAGCAGCCGGCCGGCACCGCUCGCACCACCCAGUUCUUCUAGGGUCAUCACCAUGGCUCUCAUCACCGAGGUCCGCCCACACCUGUACCACUACCCAGCCCUCAGCCAGAUGAACCGGCCUAUACAAGUUAAACCGGCCGACAGCGAGAGUCGAGCAGCUUACCAAGAGAACAAUACAGAGGACAGGAAAUUGUUCGUUGGAAUGCUUAGUAAACAGCAGACAGAAGAGGAUGUGCGACAGCUCUUCCAACACUACGGAAACAUAGAAGAAUGCACCAUUCUCAGAGGGCCCGAUGGAGCCAGUAAAGGUUGCGCGUUCGUAAAGUACGGUUCCCACAGUGAGGCACAGGCAGCCAUUAACAGCCUGCACGGAAGCCAGACCAUGCCGGUAAGUCGCACUGGUGCGUCUUCUAGUCUGGUGGUCAAGUUCGCGGACACAGAGAAAGAGAGGCAGCUGCGACGUAUGCAACAGAUGGCCGGCAAUAUGGGUCUUCUAAACCCCUUCGUCUUUAACCAGUUCGGAGCAUAUGGAGCGUACGCCCAAGUCAAUGUCACAGAGCAGCAAUUUAUGCAGCAACAGGCGGCACUGAUGGCAGCGGCCUCCCAGGGCACAUACAUAAACCCCAUGGCAGCCCUGGCUACCCAGAUGCCCCACGCCGGAGCACCCCUGGCCAACGGCAUCACCAGCCCCGUGGUCCCUCCAACAUCGGCGUCUGUGCCACUGGUGUGGGACAUACAAAGCCCGAAAGUUGGUGCCAGUCAAGGGCAGCCGGUAAACGGCGGGGGCGCCUUGCCCUCCAUGCCUUCCCCUACGAUGCCGAAUUUCAAUAUGGCUCCUCAGCCAGGGCCCAAUAGCCCAGGCGGAACCCCCGCCGAGGCCGUGUUUGCUAACGGUCUCCCUCAAACCUUUGCUGCACCGCAACCCAUUCCUAACGGCGAGGCCGCUACUCUCCAACCUUCAGCAGCAUAUCCGGGGAUGCCUUACUCCGGCGUGGCUGUGUAUCCCGCACCCGUCUAUGGCCAGUACGCUCAGGCGCCAUCGCCCCAACUGGCGCCCAUACCUCACAACAAGGUGGAAGGUUGCUCCAUUUCGGGGCCUGAGGGCUGCAACCUGUUCAUCUACCACCUGCCACAGGAGUUCGGAGACGCCGAGUUGAUGCAGAUGUUUCUACCCUUCGGGAAUGUGAUCUCCUCCAAAGUGUUCAUUGACAGAGCUACAAACCAGAGCAAGUGUUUUGGUUUCGUCAGUUUUGACAACCCGGCCUCCGCCCAGGCUGCUAUCCAAGCAAUGAAUGGCUUCCAAAUCGGCAUGAAGCGCUUAAAGGUCCAGCUCAAACGACCCAAGGAUGCCAAUAGACCCUACUAACAGCUGCACUCAGUAGGGGAGACCAGGGGUGUGUGAUGGAAAGCUGUUGAUGAUGGCUCCGUGUUUAUCAUAGCUUGAAUAUGACAUUUAUAUCAAGUAUUAGGAAUCCAAAGCUUAGAAUUAAGUCAAAAGAAAAGAAGAAAAUUCUUGAAAAAUAUAAUAUACUUCCUCUACAAGAUGAUUAUUAUUCCCGUAUUUGUAUACAGCAAGUGCUAUAAGUCCACAGAGCUUGAGUCGCUACACAGAUCGCAUUAGGCCUCAGAGGUGGCACAACAGAGGCGAAGGACCCAAAGAGCUGAUCACUACUGUCGUCAGGAAUUUUUUGUUGAGAUAUGAAUAUGUGGUACAGGAAAUCAAUCCACAGUUGAGGCCUGUGCUGCUGUGUACACACACUGUACAUAUAUAUAUGCUGUACCGAGUUAUGGCGCGGUACUACCGAUGAAGGACGGGGACGGAAGGUCCCCCUCCUCGCACGUGUUGAUAGCCAUGUUAUUUAUGAGAGUAUGGAAACAAUAUUUUUAAUAAUAAUAAGCCUUCUGUUAAAGUUAUAUUACGUAUCAUAAUAUUUCAACUAUAUCAUAUUGUUAAGAAUAAUAGUAGUAUACUUAAGACGUGCUCUAUCAGCUCUGCGCCAUUUUCGUGCGAGAUAGAAAGCCGGGUGACGCGGAUCUCCCAGCAUCGGAUGUGUCCUAACCCGCCCGCUGACGGGUUGCUCCUUCAGGGUACUAAGUGUUGCGUGUCUCGUGUAUGUUGCCUCACGCCCUGCGCUGUGCCCGGGCACCCACCCACCCACCCACCCACGCCGCUGCCUGCCACCCAUCCCGUGGCUGUCUGUCGGCUUCCAUGGCUCAGUAAAUAGCCCAUGUUUUUACCUGAUAGUCUGUCGUGGGCCACAACUGUCCACGAGCGCUUAGCUUAAAACUGGGCUGCCGUAGCGGCGGCGGUGUCGCCGCCGCCGCCGCAUCACGCACUGGUGCUCCUCUCGCCAUCUUGUGUGCCGUGUGCCGGGCGGGGACCACCCCCCUCCCCCUACCAGACCAGGGCGUUGAGGUCUCUUUUUCCAGCUCCAUAGUUGGACAACCAAAGUGAUGGCCCCUGAGAAUUCCGGGGCCCCUAGUCUAGUGUCAAACUAGAGGAAUAGCUUCUCUAUACCUGUAGAUGCCUAUAGAUAUAUAGAUUAAAUUGCUAGAUAGCUUUCAAGUAUAGAGGAAGUCUUAUAAAGACACAUUGUAUAUAUGCUGAGGUAACUUGGUAGGACUAUUGACCCUGCAUUUGAUCAUAUGUACAGUGGAUAGCAUAUUCACUAGACUAAGGGUACCAACGCUUAUCUCCAGUCAAUUUUAUAUCAUGAUAUAUUUUUAAAUCAUUUGUAUCCAAUGGUUUAAUAAGAUUUGUGCAUUUCUUUGUGGCUUAGAUUUUUAGACAUCUGUAUGUUUGUCAGAUCAAAGUGGCAUUAUUUUCUAGUCAAGGUGUACUUGUUAUUUUUGAAAAGAUUACAGUUUUGGAGCGAUCUUUCAUCUAUGGUCUCAGACAUUCCAUCUAGUCAUUAUUAUUGUUUUAAUACAUUCUUGGGUACUUAAUUCCCCUCUCUCUUAUAAUGCUAUAAUAUGUCAUCCACGUAACUUUUGAUGAACCGUUGACAGAAAUGUGCCAAGGGAGUUCAAGAUAAUUUCUCCAUUACCUGGUCUUUUAUUUGUUUCAUAUAUUUACAUGUUAUAGACCCGAGUGGUUUAGGAAUAAGAAUUACUGAUUUCUGAAAGAAUGAAGCUGUUUCUCUGACAUAGCAUAUCUAGUCCAAUAUGUACAUACUACGCACCACUGUCGGGCUGCUUCUUGAUCAAGGUAGCUUUGUGGAGAGAGGUCUGCCUGCGCGUGUUGUUACAUAAACAGCAGCAGCAGCUUGCGUGCUGUUGAUUGUGGUUUAGUUGUUACUAGUAUUUGUUGAAAGAAUCUGCAAUGUGUUCAUAUUAAAAAAAUUUUAUUCUAAGAAUGGUAUGACUAGAUUACUGACAAGUACAACUGUGACUGUGGUAGGGAAUGAUGUCAGAGUUGCGACGGCCCUCUCUCCACAGCAUACCUCUGUAGCGAGCCUGCGCCACUGUAAUAUUACGUAGGCCCUAUUGCCUUGCUCGUGCUGGCAUCUUGUUUGAAGUGAUCAGGCUUUGUUUGGCAGAGGCUUCUUCUACUUGAUGUUACGUGAUUUUUACUAAAGAUGAUUAUCCUUUGCAGUGUAAACAAGAUGGCAGUAUUUGAGUACAACAGGGAUAUUAUUAAGGAAUGUAAGGAGAUAGCCACACCAAAGAAAUAACAGAAAAAUACUUAAAGAAUACUAGUUUUAGUAUAUCACAUUUAGGAACUGCGUAGCAUAUAAUUUAUUAUCAUUUAUUUAUUUACUGCUUUAAUUUAUUAAUACAAUUGCCUAAAGGAGAGUGUAAUCUGUCAUGGUUAUUGUUCAAGGCAAUAUCAAAUCUAAUUGUUUGUUUGGGGACCAACUUCAGUGUCUUUUGGUCAAUUCAUGUAAUAUGGUGUCGUUCAGGGACGUCGUGUUGUAUUUGUUUGAAUUUCUGCCAUUUUAGCAGUAUGUUUUCAAGAAGUCCUUGGACUGCCAUAGGAUACACUCUCUUGAAUUGAUAAUAAAUACUUAGCCCCUAUAAAUUCUAAGGAUAUUGGUAAAUGCCCGCAUAUUAUAAAGUAUUCAUUUUUCGUAUUCAUGGAGGAAGCCAGGAGGCCCCAACCUGCUACUAUGAGUUCAUAUUUUGUAGUCAAAUGCGACGACGUACUGUUGGUUGGUAGUGAGAAAGAGAAAGGUAGAUAGAUAGAUGACUGAAGAAGAAGGAGUGGCUGAGUAGAUGUUUCACAGUCUCACACAGAAGACUGACAGAGAGGGAGAGAGCACCUUUUAUACAUCACUUCAUCGAUGAAGUUGAGUGAGAAGAAGAAAGAAGAAGAAGAAGCAGACCCAGUCCCAUCCGAAUGGUGAAAAAGUGUUUCCAGUGAAGACGGCUGGUGACCUUUGGUGAAGAUGGCCUUUGGUGACAGUGUAACUAGUGGAUAGCAGGGCCCCAGCAUAUCAGUGUUGCGCCUCCUCUGGCCCCACCUGGUCCCCGACCCUGGACCUGGCGGAACUGGCUGCCUGCACGGUCUCUCGUCUUGCGCCUUGCCUUCACUGACCCCACCCCGUGCCAGGAGCUGGCAGGCCCCUUUCUGCCGGCCACAUUGCUCCCGCCUGUCCUCAGCAUCCAUCCGUUGUCCCUGUCUCUCUCGUGAUGAUAUCAGUCUGUCUCUCCAGCGCAAUUUUGCCAGUCCUCGAGGAAGAUGCCGCGGAAGGAGGAGGGAGGGAGGAAUUCCCUCCUCGCAAAGGUUGCCUGAAGAGGAUUUUUGUUCAUUUUUGUAUGAACUGGAGCGAGGGCGCUCCGGUUCACAACCUGCUGUGUUGAUUGAGACGGGACAGGCAGGCGGGGGCGAGGGUGGGGCUGGACCCGGCGCGCCGCUUGUGUAUAACACAGCGCCUGCCCCUGGCCUCCUCCGUGCCCAUAUUUCAUCACGACAGUCGCGGGACUCACCCCUCCCCUCCCCUCCCCUCCAGGGGAUGCCGGGGCCUGUCAAGCUAUAUGGUUGUACAUCAAGAUGGCAAGCUCUGUAAGCUUUUAUAUUGUAAUUUUCUAGACCCCAGAUUCUUCUCCUUCCAAGAGAGUUUAAUAGCAUGGUAAAGUAGUUAACCAUUUGAAGUAGUUUCAUAGGAGCAUAAUUUAUAUCUGAUUUGCCAUAGUUAAAAAAAAGUAGGUGGCUUGACCCAGCCUGAGGUGCCAUGGGAUGAUAGGCCAGUAUCCUCCUCCAUUACUCACGAUCUCUCAUGAGUUCCCGUGUGAGUUUUAGCCUCAUGAGUAUGUUGUGCUGGACAAGCUCGUUACCCACCACCACCACCACCCACCAGCUGUGCUCCAUUGUCGCCAAAUCCAAAGCCCGGAGUUGCUGGCACAAAUGGCCUGGGCAAGUUUUCCAUCAAGUCAAAAAAAAAAUACCAGAUCAGCUAGGACGGGUCUCUGUGGUACACACUCUAGUUGAUCCUAAGAUAAGUGCCCAACAUUGGUCAGCAUCAUGUACUAUAAAUUUUUAAGAAAAAUAGAAAGAAAUAUAAUAAUAAUUAAAUAAUAAUAAUACUAUUCAGAAUAUAUAUAUAUAUAGUGUAUGUGAUCUCAUAAUUUAUAUUGUUAUAUAAUGUCAUGGUGGCUUUAAAAUUCUUGUACUAUAUGACAUGUUUUUAUUGUAAAACCUAAAUUUUAAAUUUGCAAGAUGUUGAAAAAUUCUCCACUUUAAGUUUGAUCGUGUGAUUCUCAAACUAAAACGUACUAAUGCGAAGUCUAGAUAUCAUUUAUAACAGUAUUUAAGUAGACAGACACAAACACACUUCAUAAAUUCAAAGCACAUAUGACUCGAUGAUGAGGGGGAAAACCGUACGUAUAUACGUCAUUGUUCUCAAAGGUACACGCAAGCAAUAGAAUAAAAAAAUAUAUAAAAAAAAGAUACACACAGACUACAGCUGACUUUGAAGGAGAUCAUUGGUCCGUCUACUACAUGGAAUAGAGUUGCUAAUGACACCAUUUCAAUUGCAGUGCACCUUGAAUUCUUCUGUCACUAUUAUUAGUGAUAAUCGAUUUCCUUUUUAAAAGUUUUUGAGUCAAUUUUUACCUUACUACUUACAGUACAAAAAGAUCUGUAAUAAGUCUUGUAAAUUUUCUCCAAAUGGUAAGUGUUUUAUUAGAAAGUGUGGGAUGGAGUUGGCAAGCUAUUUUUAUCAGUAUUUUAACCGAGGAAAAUUCUUAAAGAGUGGAAAAUAUAAUAACCUUGAAAGGUGGUCUAGUUUUGUAUCGUCAUCGUGAAUUCAUGCAAAAUAAACUUGCCCCAUUUUGAAUGUAGUUGCCUUUUGUAAAAUAUUCAAAUUCAGUGUUCAGUUGUUGACAAAGUCCAAUGAUAUUACAGUAUUACCUUUUAGACAUAUUAUGGUGUUCAAUGUUUAUUUCAAGUGUAGUUCUGGAAAUCCAGGAGGUUUUUUUAAAAAAAGUGACAAAGAUCAAUUUGUGGAAGUGCCGUAGGAUUUUAGGAUGCAAUGCUUUAUCAAACGUCCUUAUUAAGAUAAAGGGGAAAGCGUCAUGUUUCGUGUCUAUCUAUAGUUGUAAAGAACGUCGAGGUUUCUAUGGAAUAAAAUAAAAAGUUUGAAAAUUAGUUUUGCAUAUCAGUGUCUCGAAGAAAGUUUCAUUUAUUAGAAAGCCGAUCUAUCAACAAAGAGGGUUUUAUUUAUGUUUUUUUAACCGGUGUUAUGGAUUAUUAUUAUGAAUCUUAACUGGAUCCAGCCCAUUCACACAAAGCCACCACCUUACCAUUAACUCUUCUUCUGAAAGGACCUUCCAUUGAAUCAGUUAACUCUGUUUUCCGUUUUGACCUCCCGUUUCUUGCUUGUCUGUACAAUACCAGGAAAAUAAUAUAUACAAAGUGAUUGUGAAAGCCAGUGACGAAACAUAUCUUCGCUGUUACACGUUCUUCUUUUAUCAUUAUUUUUUUGUACCAUUUCGUUUCAGCUCUUUUUCUCUCUAUCUCUCUAUUCCCCACUUUCCUUUGUGAAGUCAGUAUGUCAGGAAAGAAAUAAAAACCGGUUUUCCACCGUUUCCUUCCGUAUCCGAUCGUCUUCGAACAUUCCAUAUCUCAAAUUUCGAAUUUUGUAAGUUUGUCCCCUUCCCCUUCCCUCCCUUCCCCUUCCCCCUCCCCUCCCC